AUGGAGGACGCUGGUGGUGAGAAUGUGGAGGAACAUCUUCAAGAGGUCGAUGAGCAGUACAAGGCCUCACUUCCCAAGCUUAUGGGAGAGGACCAGGCCCAUCGAGAUCCCAGUCGAUGGUGGUUUGCCUCGGCUGCUUUUCCCAUGGUCGCAGGCACACUUGGGCCCGUUGCAAGCGCCUUCAGUAUCUGUGCUCUAGUCCGGCCAUGGAGACAAAAUUACACCAAAGGGGCUGACAUCAAGACCGCCACCUUCAUCAAAGACCCAGCCUGGCUGAUCGCUAUCAAUGCAGUCCAGCUUGCCAUCGCGCUAAGCUCCAACCUGGCCCUACUCCUUAACAUGACCAGGAGACUCCGGUUCUCCGUCGCUCAACCCGUCACCAUUGUCGGAUGGUACCUCUCAUCCAUAUGCUUGAUAGCCCUCGCAAGUACGACAGCCGGACCGCUGAGACCGGAAAACAACGACUUCAUCUGGUCUGAAGCUUACUUUUACGGCAUCUACGCCGCAGUCCUGUACUUCGUUGUCGCUUCGCUCAUGGUAGUUACCGUCUGGGGAUCUCAGCAGGGGCACUACGCAAAGGAUUUUAUGCUCACACCCAGUCAGAGGACACUGAUGCUACAGACCAUCUCGUUCCUCAUCUACCUCCUCAUCGGUGCCCUUAUCUUUUCCAACACCGAAGGAUGGAACUACCUCGAUGGUGUGUACUGGGCGGCCGUGACGCUCUUUACCGUGGGAUUUGGCGAUUACUACCCUACCUCAACUCUCGGAAGGGCUCUCCUCUUCCCGUACUCCCUGGUCGGCAUUAUCAGCUUGGGUCUCGUCAUUGGAUCCAUCCGCACUUUGAUGCUAGAGCGCGGCAAGAAAAGACUUGAUGCACGUAUGGUGGAAAAGCUCAGACAUCGCGUGUUAAGAAAAAUGGCCAAGAAGGGAAAGGAUGGUAUACUUACACCCAUACGAGAUACACAUUCCGAUUCCCCUGAACUGUCUUCCAGCUCUGGUCUGACCGAGUUCCAACGGCGACAAUCCGAGUUUGAGCUGAUGAGAAAGAUUCAAAAGCAGGCGACUCAUAGGCAUCGCUGGAUUGCUUUGGCUAUCUCUACAAGCACCUGGUUGGUCUUAUGGCUGGUGGGUGCCAAAGUCUUUCAAGAGUGUGAACGUCAGUAUCAACAAUUGACCUACUUUGAUACCUUUUACAUGGCAUAUGUUAGUCUGACAACCAUCGGAUACGGAGAUAUCACACCGAUAUCCAACGCCGGAAAGUCCUUUUGGGUCUUCUGGGCACUCCUCGCUCUUCCGACUAUGACAGUCCUGAUCUCUAAUGCAGGAGAUACCAUCGUGAAGGGUAUCAAAGAUGCCACGGACAAAGUGGCCACCGUUACCAUUCUUCCUAGCGAGCGGGGCUUCAAGAGCGAGUUCAAGGCAACCUUUAAUGCCCUUUCCCAUGGAAAGCUGUUUACCGAGGAUAUCGAGGAGUCACCCCCAGGAAUACAUGGAGCCUCACAGCGCCAUAGGUACAGCAGCGAGGAGAACGAUGACGAGGGUGAGCUAGCUCAAGAUCAAGCAGAUGUUGAUGCCGAAAGCGCAAACACGGGUCUGAUAAAGCAGAAACAGGCGAAGAAUGCAAGAAACGAAGAGAGUCAUAAGAGGCGAGUGGAAGGUAACGCAGCUGAAGAGGACAGUGGCGAUCGUCCUGAUCGAGCAGUUCGCUUCGAUGACUCCUCUACUACCCCCAUGGAUCCGGCCGAGUACCACCUCACGCUGAUCGAAGAGAUCGGGCUAGUAAUGCAACACCUCAAGAGCCACCCUCCGCGGAAGUACACUUUUCAGGAGUGGGCAUGGUACCUGCGGCUCAUCGGAGAGGACGAGAGCGACGCAGCUAAGCACCGAAAGCCUCACGCUCAUCUUCGUAGCAGUAAGGAUGAACUGGAGGGGAAAGAACGGGCGAAGUGGAGUUGGGUCGGCAGCAGGAGUCCGUUGAUGAGCUCUCAAGAGGAGGCUGAGUGGAUCCUGGAGCGGUUGAUCGAGACGCUGACUGAUGAGCUCAGAGGCGUCAAGGCCGCGAGGAGGAAGAAUGAGAUGAAGAAUCAGAAAAGUCAGCAAGCGGACACCUUCAUGCCUGGUCUGUAAAUGUUGUUUCAUUAUGAUUAAAGGGGUCACAAGUGAGGAUUUUCAGUCCGAAAUUCGAGACAUGGUAUGCCUCACA